AAUCCCUUUUCCUUUCUGUUUCUCCUUCUAUAAAUACUACUCUCUCUCUCUCCAACGAAAAUUCAUUCUAGAUUUCGAACCAAAUUUGUCUCGUCUUGUCCGAAUCCAAAGCUCGGCUUUUGAUAAACAAGAAGAAGUUGGUAAUCGACAAAGAAUCAACAGUCUCUCUCUAUUGGAUUCUUCAGUUGGGAGGAGAGAGAGAGAGAGAGAGAGAGAGAGAGAGAGAGAGAGAGAGAGAGAGGGAGGGAGAAGCUCCGAUGGGUAGGCCUCCCGGUAAUGGAGGCCCUGCCUUCCGCUUCACGGCUUCCGAGGUUGCGGAGAUGGAAGCUAUUCUACAAGAACAUAACAAUACAAUGCCUGCACGUGAAAUUCUUGUAGAUCUUGCAGACAAGUUCAGUGAAUCAGUAGAACGAAAAGGCAAGAUUAUGGUGCAAAUGAAGCAAGUUUGGAAUUGGUUCCAAAAUAGGCGAUAUGCUAUAAGGGCAAAGUUAAGUAGGAAUCUUGGGAUGUUAAGCGUGUCAUCUAUGCCUCGGGAUGAUCCAACUCCAGUGAGAAAUGUGCCUCAAGCUAUAACUGCUCCUAUACCGGCUCCUUCAGUUGUAGGCACGGGAAGAGGGGCUUCAGAAAAUUCUAUAAUGGAGUUUGAAGCAAAAUCUGGGAGGGAUGGUGCAUGGUAUGAUGUUGCUAACUUUUUCUCCCAUAGGUAUUUGGAGUCUGGUGAUCCGGAAGUACUGGUUCGCUUUGUUGGUUUUGGACCCGAGGAUGAUGAGUGGGUUAAUAUACGAAAGCAUGUCAGACAACGCUCUCUCCCAUGUGAAUCAUCAGAGUGUGUUGCAGUUCUUCCUGGAGAUCUCAUUCUCUGUUUUCAGGAGGGUAAAGAGCAAGCUCUUUAUUUUGAUGCUCAUGUCCUUGACGCUCAAAGACGAAGACAUGAUGUGAGGGGGUGUCGUUGUAGGUUUCUGGUGCGCUAUGAUCAUGAUCAGUCUGAGGAAAUUGUGCCGCUAAGGAAGGUAUGUCGUCGGCCUGAAACUGAUUACCGGCUGCAACAACUUUAUGCUGUGAAUGAGGCAGCCUCAGCAGAGCAGCAGAAAAGUAGUACGGAUAACUUUGGAGGCGGUGGUUUUAGGGCCAGGAUUUCUGCUGAAACAACACCGAAGCUGCAACAUGCCGAUGCUGCACUAGUUGCCCCGGCUUUGCAUGCUACUGCUGCUUUAGCCACCAAAGCUUCAAUUCUUGAACCUAAAAAGGUUGAAAUUGUCAAUGUUGUAGUAGAUGCAGGGAACUCAAAUAAUGUUACUGCCAGCGGCAAUGGAAUCAUGAGCGGAAGUCCUGCUAGCAACAAACCCAUUGUUUCCGGCGAGAAAAUGCCAGAAGGAAAAGCCGUAGGUUGAUUUGACAAUUUUGCCGCCACCAUUUUGUCCAAAGUUACUAGUUAGGCAACCUGUUCUCCCAAAGGAUGAGUAAUAUACUGGUUAGGAUGAUCUCUGUGUGCUGCUUCUAACAACACAUUUCAUCAGCAUAUGAAUUGAGAUCAGUUUUCAUGCAAACAAGUAUGAUUCCGAACAACAUAUGAGAAGGAUAAUGAAAUCUUAAAAUCAUUUCAAACUUUUAUGUAAUGUUUAUUUUACUGACCACCAUCAAUAGAUUUAUCUCAUCAAAUACCAAAGGGAUUCAAAUUCAAAACUUUUUCAAGCUGUUGAGAAAGAUUCAAAGUCAAU